CUCUCUCUCUAUAUAUAUAUAUAUAUAUAUAUAUAUAAAAAAUAUGGCUAAACAGUACGAUGUUCUCUUCCGACUCCUGCUCCUCGGAGAUUCCGGUGUCGGGAAAACAUGUUUGCUGUGCAGAUUCACGGACAACGAGUUUCACCCGUCUCACAUCUCCACCAUCGGCGUCGACUUCAAAAUGAAAACACUAGUAAUAGAUGGUAUCAAAGUGCGGGCACAGAUAUGGGACACUGCAGGCCAAGAAAGGUACCAGACCAUCACCAAGCAGUACUACAGGCGAGCACAGGGCAUCUUCCUGGUGUACGACAUCACGAGCGAGCGAUCCUUCCAGCACAUCAUGAAAUGGGCCAGCGACGUGGACGAGUACGCCCCCGAAAAGGUGCAGAAGAUCCUCGUGGGGAACAAGUCGGACGAGGUGGACAAGAGGCAGGUGGCCACGGAGCAAGGCGUCAAGUUGGCUAAGGCUUAUGGGAUGGACUUCUUCGAGACAAGUGCCUUCACCAACCAUAAUAUAACAGAGACUUUCACAAGACUGGCAGAGCAGGUGCUGGCGGCCAAUAAGAAGGACCUGGAUCUGCUGCGGAUGUCCGACAACGACGAGCUGGACCUCACUGCUCUGGAGCAGGAGGAGGGGCUCUGCGGCGGCGCGGCGGACGACCAGCGCAAAGGCUGCUGGUGUUGAAGGGACACUGACCGCACGGUUCUGUUGAUUUAUCUUCAGUUUUUUUCUUUGUUGAAUCCAUGUCACCGCCGCUCACUCUGGACACAAAGAAGCAUCUGGUUUUGUAUCCGGCUUGGGGAAAACAGAGGUAUACUUCAAGUCGUGUGGUGAACAAAACAACUGAAGCUCUGAAUGUCAAGGGUUUCCCGGCCCCUCUCACCGUUUGUGUGAUUUAACCAAACAAGCUGUUGUACACUGUCUCUUAAAUCCACACAAUGACUGACACAUUAAAUCUGACCUUCCUCCCAGAGUCGCUUUUGCACCCGCAGCCUUUCUCCAAACUCAGGGGUCUGCAACCUGCGGCUCCAGAGCCACGUGUGGCUCGUCAGCCCCUCUGCAGUGGCUCCUAGCAGCUUUGAAAACACCUCUUAUUCAGAGAUCGAGGCGAUAAUUACAAGAGUUUGAACAAUGUGUGCGUCACAGUCAGCGUCUACGUCACGUACAAUAUUAACCCUUUAACACCUAAGCCUCGCACCGCAGCCUUUUUGCUUAUUUUAACCAUGAAAGGGCCAGAAAGUGUCCUGAGAGUAAGUAACUUUCAAUAUCUGGCAGAUGAUGAUCUACGAGAUGACAAAACUUGUGUCUGAAAUGAUGUGAAGCCACUUAAAUGAAAUAACGUGUACAUGAAGAAGUCCACGUCUGAAGAAUGACAUACAAUCCAAACAUUGCUUCAUUUAUUUCAACGUGGGUUCAUUUUAACAUCAUUAAUUUGAAAUCUAACAAACAAUGGAAGGACUAGCUCUACAUAAUUCAGUCAGUGUUUUAUUUUAUUCUCCACUUUACAAGAGGUUGGGUAUGAACAGCAAAUGAAACGCUUCAGUUUUCUGUUUGUAGUUCUUAAAUUGCAUCAAUGCAGCAAACUAGUUGUUUUAUCUGUAUAAAAACCUUUGUACACGUUAUUAUCUGCAUUUUAUGGGUCAAAUAUGGUCUUUUGUGGCUCCAGAUGAAUUUUCUUUUGCGUGUAGAGGGGGACAAAAGUGUCUCUCCAUGCUCAAGGUUGCAGACCCCUGUCCAAACUGAAUGCAGUAGCUGUAGUGUGAGCAAUGUCCACUAGAGGGUGCUAUGUGAAUUGCAGACACAGCUCACACACACAAGACAAAGUGGCUCAGUGUGACAGUGUUUCUUACUGUGUGUGUGUGUGUGUGUGUGUGGUUGCAGUGGAUAAUUCAAAUGGGUGAUGAUGAGAUGAUUCUUCGUAUAUGCAGCCAUUUUAUUUAUUUAUAUAUUUGCUUUUAUUUCCAUGCAAGUGUUGACAAAUAUUGAUUUAAAACCGUAGCAAAAACUGAAGCCAUUUCAUUUUUCUUUCAUUUUAUAAUCGUUACUUAAAGCAGAACUAAUGAUGGGAUGUCACUGCAUUGUACUGUGUGUAUAUAUAUAUAUAUAUAUUUAUACACCAGUUUUGUCCACAGCAUCGUUCACAGGCUGAUAAUCAAACAUGAUUAUAUUUUAAAGUAUUACCAUCAUAGGGAUGCAUUUAAAAAUAAAUAAAUAAAUAAAUAAAAGUCCACCGUGAUUUGAGUCGUUGACGGUAUACGGAAACAUUUCCUCCUGUGAAUAUGAACGUGUCCCGGUCAUCCUAUCCUCACUGUUCUGUACAGAAUCCAGUACAUUUUAUUUUUCUUAUUUUUGCAUGUGACUCACUCCUCUUCUUUCUUUCCUUUCUUUCUUUCUUUCUUUUUUUUUUACUGCAACUUCAGUGAAGUUAAUAAUCAGCUGAUUGUGAUACAAGUUCAGACCAGAGUUGCCUGUUUGGAGCGUCAUAGGACACACUUUGGCUUUUUAUUUUUUAUCUAUAUUAAAGUUUGCGACAGAAUUUCACAAAAAGACAGUGAAUGGAUCUGGAUCCACAACCAAUCUCUCCCCCCCUCGUUCCUUUAUUUCCGUUUAUUUGAAUUGUAUAUUUGUGAUCUAUUACAUGCAACAACAUGUAAAAUGCAACAUGUUAUUCCGAAAAGAAAAAGAUGUCAGAUGUUGAGUAAAUACUUGCCGAUAUAGA